UCAAGGCUCCACGUGCCACGCUGCAGCGAGAAACACGCCCUUAACCGCAAGACGUCCGCCUCCUCGGCGGGCUGCUCUCCCCGGCCUUUGACGACCAGUCAUGCCGUUCCCGGUACGCGUCGCCGUCCGUUACCAUUCCGCCAGUCGUCCUACCUCGUGGCGCGCCUCCGGCGGUACGAGGCCCGGCCCCGGGUCCCCGAUCUUCCAGGAAGCCGGCGAGCACCUGCGCUCCGUCCGCAACGCCGCGCGCUCCGAGUGCCAGUACGCGGUGUGGACACCGUUCAAUGACCUCGCUUGGAGGAGGUGGGUUGUGUGUUCAAGACCAAUGAUGAAGCUGUGCCAUACAAAGCUCCACAAGCAUCCGCCAAAGCAGAAAUUGAUUUCAACGACUAUGCAUAUUUGUUUAUGAUGGAGAAGGAAUAAGGAUUUGUGGAUGAUGGACAAGGAAUAAUAGAGCUUCCAGAUCUGUACAGCAUAAGGGGGAGCUAUACAGCUAGAAGAAGCAUCAUUCUUGGGACGGCAGUUUUUGCCUCAUGCAGUUUCUUUAUUCUAAGGGGCGAAAUUGUACUGACUAGCGUUUGGUUCAAAUCAUUUUUCACUGACUAGCGUUGAACCUGUACUGGGUUUGCGGCUGCAACCAUAAUAAACCGUGUUGAUAUUUUCUACUCCCUCCGUCCCAUAAUGUAAGACGUUUUAGUGUAAACAUUAUGAGACGGAGGGAGUAUGUGAUU